UAUGAGCAGCGAGCAACGAGUGGACGAGUCUGCGCCGCGCCACAGGUUCGCGGCCCCUUGUUGAAGCCGCCUCGCUUGCUUUUCAGCCAAGAGAGCAGAGGAGCAGAGCAGUGAGAAGUGAGAGAACGACCGAAAACGGCUGCUGCACGGACACACACAACACAAGCACAGAAUCUAAAUAAAAAGGAAGCGAAAUGUGUCUCAAAGUGGAAAACAGUCAACAGGCAGCCUAUAUCAUCGCAGCAGUGUACCUGGUUUACUAUGUUCUGUCAGCGUUGACGUCAGCAAUCACACUGAUUACCCUAUCAGGAACUCUGUGGUUCUCCAUCCUGGUGUUGAUCAUUUCCUUGGUCAGCAUUCCAUUCCAAUAUUUCCUCUUCGAUGGGGCCAAGAAAUCCAUUCCCGAAAAGGUGGAGUACUGGAUCAAAUUCUCCAUGUUCGUCAGUGCUCCGUACUUAAUCAUCAUUCUGGUCAUUCGCCUCUUGAAUUUGAACCUCGACGCCAUCAUCACUGUCCUUGCUCUGGCUGCCCUGCUGUACUGCAUCCGGACGAUAAAAUAUUUCCACGCCGAGCUUGUGGGAGGAGCUCCACCAUCAGCACCCACUGCUUAAAUGUUUUAUCUCACCACCACGUGUUCAACACAACGAUAAUUUGAUCCAAAUUUUGGAAUGUUUACUACUUGAAUUUCAUAAUAUAUGAACUAAAAAUAAUACUCAAAUUAAAAUGAUCAUAUAUAUACUUAUACAUAUUCCAUCCACUGAAGUGAAGAGUAAAAUCUGAUUGAUGUAAUCAUUUUGUAUUUUUAUUAAUAAAUAUUAGCAAAAAUUCUGAGUUCAGAAA